AUGAACAGUAGCGAGUCAGCUUCCGGUAGCUUAGCUCCCACCGACCAGACGACCACUAGUGGUCUGCCGUCUGCUGUGUACAAGGGGAACGCACUCUUGAUCCCUGUUGUGUUUUUGAUGUCGGCGCUGAUCAUAUUUGGGAACAUGAUGACGCUGUUGGCCAUUCAAAAGUUGCCAUCUUUACAAACCAAGUCUAACGUCUUCGUGGCCUCUCUAGCAGCGGCGGACAUGAUGGUAGGGGUUGUGCUGAUCCCCUACGGGUUGUGGCUGGUGCCCGCCAUCAGACAGCUAGUCGACGAGGACAUCUCCAUCUGUCUUCUGCUCAUGUCAGCCGGCUCCUCCGCCGUUGUGAUCAGCAUCCUGAGUCUACUGCUGGUUGCCCUCGAUAGACUGGUGUUCAUCAGCCGACCUUUCUUCUACCAACGUGUAGUGACCAACAGGGUCAUCGCAGCCGGGGUCGCCUUGCCCUGGACUCUUGGUCUAACGUUUGGUAACAGCCAGUGGUUGAUCUACGCGCCGACCACCCACCCGCCGCAGUGUGUGGUGACCUACAUGUUGCCUGAAGCCUACUAUAAGUACGCAGCUCCGUGGAUGUAUUUCGCCUCGUGCUCGGCCGUCCUGUGCAUGUACGCGCACAUCGCCAUGAUCGCGCGCAGACAGCGGCUGGCCAUCAGGAAACACAACACCGUCCGGCCGAUGGUCCAGGUCGGCUCGGAGAAAAUCACCGAGAAGAACUGGAAAGCCGUCAAGAUGAUGAUGACGGUGUUCGGCGUGUUUUUUGUCUGCUGGACGCCCCGCUUUGUCCUGUACUCGGCCGCCGGUCCCCAGCUGGACGCCUGGCUGCCGGAGAUCGUGUACGACCUGAGCCUGCUGCUGGGUCUGCUCAACUCGGGCGUCAACUUCCUCGUCUACCCCGCCCACAACCACGAGUUCCGGCGCGCCUUUAAGCUCAUCCUCUGCUGCACGACAAAGGAAAAGCUCGUGUUUCUGGCUUAA